UUUUCAGUUGAUUAUGUGAUUGCGAAUACUAAAUUGUUUUUGAAUUUGAGCCUGUAGCACUAAACCCAUAAUUUCGUCUACAUCUGGCAUAUGUUACUCAUUAAAAAAUUGUUGAAAUAGACUAAAUAGGUAAAAAUGCAUGGUCGUUUGAAGGUGAAAGAUUCUUCUGAAAAAGCUGCCGAAAAGGCUAUUGAAAGAGAAAAGAAGAGAGUUAAAUAUGUGGCUGGGAUUCAAUUUCUCUUUGAAAUGCGGGAGCGUGGUAGCUACAAUGCCGAGGCCUUCAAGAGUAGUGCGCUCUUACUCCAAGUCAACCCAGACGCUCUUACUCUAUGGUGUAUUAGAAGAGAAAUACUCCUUUAUUUAAGGAAAAGACAUUAUGAAAAUAAAUUAUUAAGGUCAGAAGAUGAUGGAAACAAGACUGAGAAAACAACUGAGACUGCUGAUGAACAAGAUGGAGAAGUAGCUGAUGAAAAGGAUGCAUCAUCUACUAAUCAUGUUGAACAUUCUGAUUGGAAAGGUUUACCUCAAACCUGGAAAGAAUUGGCAUCAUCUGAGCUUUCAGUGGUUGCUUCUUGUCUGCAAGCCAACCCUAAGAGCUAUGGCGCCUGGCAUCACAGAUUUUGGGUGCUGCAGCAGCUGUGCAAUGAUAUUUCUGAAGAAGAUCAGCAGAAAGUAUGGAAGGAGGAGCUAGAGUUAUGCAACCUUUUUCUCUCCAAGGACGAACGAAACUUUCACUGCUGGGACCACCGCCGCGCCGUGACUGCCUGUGGUGCCGUGCCAGCUGAGCGCGAGCUGCGUUUCUCCCUGGACCUCAUCGAGCGCAACUUCAGCAACUACUCGGCCUGGCACUACCGCUCCAAGCUCCUGCCUCUUGUACACGCGCCGCCACCCGACUCCUGCUACCCUAUUCACGAGAAUACAUUUCACAAGGAGCUGGAGCGCGUCGUGAACGCCGUUUUCACCGACCCUGGCGAUCAAAGUCCCUGGUUCUUCUUGCGAUGGCUGCUGCAGAAGCAAGCGUCGAAACCGCAAUUAGUUCAUAUGACGGUUAGCCGGAAGGAAGAUGGUUCAGCAGAAGUAGUUAGCAGUUUCUCUAGAGUAGUUGAUGAGGCAGCAGUGAGCGCCAUGUCUCCUCUACACCUCGCCACCCACGUCACCUGGACCAGCGCGUCAGGGCGGCCGCUCGACUCGGUUUGGUUAUGUGAGGUGGCGGGCGACGCGGCAGGCGAUGUGGUGGUGGCGGGCGGUGAGCGCGUGCCGCUGAGCGCCGUGGACGUGUCGCUGCGCGUGACGGGCGCCGCGGUCGCCUGCCCUGCCGCCGCCCGCGCUGUGCUGCACACGCUCCUGCACGACUGCCGUCUCCUGCACCAGCUCGAUGCUGACAACAAGUGGGUGCUGAUGUCGCUUGCGGAGGUUCUGUGUUUCCUUGGCAGCACAGACAACGUUACGGAAGCCUGCGACCUCCUACAGCGCCUCAGCUCUGUUGACCCCUUGCGGGCUGGCUACUACACUGACCGCCGGAGCUCGCUGAAGCUACAGGAGGCUGUGGCCGUUCAGAUCACUGACUCGACCACAGGCCAAGAGACCAAGUUUAACGGUCGCUCCCUGGGUCUGCCUCGUCUGCUGCUGCCUCACCUGCUCGCCUGCUGUACACACGUCGACCUCGCCAACAACAACAUCACUGAUCUCGCCGGCGCCUGCAAGCUCGUCUCGUGCACACAUCUCGUCCUUGAUGGCAAUCCUCUUACGUGUCUGCAGCCGCUGUCACGCCUGCGUCGUCUGCGCGAGGUGUCGCUGGCGUCGUGUGGGCUGCAGAGCGGCGCGCAGCUCGCACCCUUAUCUGCACUCAGCAGCUUACGCAGCCUCGUUUUAUUGAACAACGAAUUCCCGCCUAGCGAAAUUCCUGUGAUUAGAAACUCAUUCCAAGACGUUGUUAGCCUUAAGGUAUAAGGUUUUCUUUUUAUAAGAGGUUUGAAUUGCCGUCAUUUUUACUUUGCGAAGUUUACUGUUUAUUCAAGAAGUCAUUUUGAACUUGAACUAAGUGAAACAGAAUUAUUAAAAGUACCGGUAUCCUAUUGAAAAUGACAGAAAAAUGGCUGCGCCAGCCAUCCAGUCGAUAUAAAAAAUUUCAAGUCCAAGUGUUAUAAAACUGUUAAAUAUUAAAUACAAAUAAAUUCUUUAUUACUCAAGUAGCUAUUUGUGUUAUCUUUAUUUAACAGAAGUUAUUACUUUUUAUGAAGACAACAAUUUUGCUUAUUUUUCGUGCAAUUGUCUUUACUUUCUACUACGUGAAUUUUUCAAGUGUCCUUUUUACUCUCAUUCCUUUCCGGCAUAUAUAUACAGAUUAUUUUCAUCAUUUGGAGAGUAAAUUUAGAUGUGCCAGAAUGCGUUCACCUUUUAUAUAUUGUAAUAUGUUCGAAAUAAAUAUUAGAUGGAUUGAGAUUUUUGUGACGAAGAUUGAAGGUAACCCGAUUGAUGUGCCUAGUCUAACUGUUAAUGCAUCUGGAAUGUCAACUCUAUUAACUAGACUUGUUUCACUUAAAUUCAUUGCUAUUUCACUCGACCAUUUUCACUUAAAUUCAUUGCUAUUUGGAAUAUCUUACCUCUGAAUUAUCCUCCUUCUCUUACGAGCUCUUCGCGAGUUACACACACUUCUAAAUAUUCGUUAGUAAUACAACUGAUUCUUCAAGAUAUUUUUUUUAACUAAAAUAGCAAAGAACUAUGUCGAUAUUAACUCGAAAUACAUAUUUCUCUAUUGUAGUUGAAUGGAAUAAGACAGGAUAUCUGUCAGUAACAUCGGUUGUUGAUCGUCAUUCCCUUACUGUGUGCAUAGAAGUUUGAGAACCGAUUUUUUUGUAGAAUUUGGUUUCAGUUCGUACGUCUGUGUAAACCAAAUCUCGCAUUGAGACCAUCGAAAACGAUUAAGCCAGUUUUGUGCGUUCGUAAUUGUAUACAUUUCAUUUAAUUAUUUAUCGCUGUGAUGAUAUGAUCGAAUUUAUGGUCCAAAAUCCAGACGCAGGAUUAAAAUUUAAAUCGAGACCAAUUGGCUCAUCUGUCCAACUAUCACUAGUUUCGACGCUUGCAUUAAGCGGCGAAUGGCGAAUGAAAAUAUCGAGGUUGAUUUUCUUCAAUGUCAGUUGAAGGUAUUGUGAUUUGCAUUUCACCGAUUACCUCUCCGUUUAAUGUAGGUUAUAACAUUGAAACUUAUUAUAUUAAUCCCUGGAAUACCGCAUUGAAAUAAUCUUUGCAGACAAUAUUCAUAGUGAAAAUCACAUUGUAAUACAUUC